AAUCGGCUUGAUCGCAGGGCUGGAGUUCCUCCAGAUUGCCGAAAAUCAGCUAUCCGGUAUGAUACCUCGAUCCCUCUACAAUCUCUCAGCCCUCACUUUUGUCGCCAUUGCAACCAACCAACUGCACGGAAGCCUCCCAUCAAAUUUAGGCCGAGCUCUUCCGAGGCUCGAGACGUUUUAUGUGGGCGGCAACCGGCUCGCUGGACCAAUUCCAGCUUCACUGUCGAAUGCUUCCGGCCUAGCGAACCUUGAUUUUGGCUACAACAACUUCGGCGGAUCGGUGCCGACGGACCUGGGCAGAUUAGGCGGUCUCCUUUGGCUGAAUUUUGAGGGCAAUCAGCUGGGAGCAGGGGAUGCCAGCGGUUUGGAUUUCCUCACUUCAUUGAGCAAUUGCACGAAGUUGCAGGUAUUGGACUUCGACAGCAAUAGUUUUGAAGGUGAGCUGCCCAAUUCCAUCGCCAACCUCUCCACCCAGCUCUCCAUGCUGAUCCUGGGUGGGAACCACAUACGUGGAACCGUCCCUGACGGGAUCGGGAACCUGGCUAGCUUAACCGUUCUGCGAAUGGAAAACAACUUUCUUGCCGGUAGCAUUACGGAGUCCGUUGGGCGGCUUCAGGAUUUGCAACUGCUGAGUUUGUCCGGAAACCAACUCUCGGGAUCAAUCCCAUUCUCCCUCGGCAAUCUCUCCCGGUUGAACGAUCUCCAUCUAGGAAAAAAUGAUAUCGAAGGAGGCAUUCCUUCGAGCCUUGGGCGAUGCAUCAAUUUGCAAUUUCUAGACCUUUCCGACAACAAACUCGAUGGUGCGAUCCCUGCACGAGUCAUCGGAAUCCCCUCCCUAUCGGUAUUUCUUAGUUUCGCUCGCAACUCGCUUCUUGGACACCUACCGGCGGAGGUUGGUAAGUUGAAGAAUCUUGGGGAGCUGGAUAUCUCUGGGAACAGACUUUCAGGUGAAAUUCCGGAGGCAUUGGGUGAUUGUGAGAGCAUGGAAUAUCUGCACAUGCAGAACAACAAGUUUGAAGGAGCCAUUCCUUCAUCUUUGCAGAAGUUGAAAGGUAUCCAGUAUCUCGAUCUUUCAAGAAAUAAUCUGUCAGGACAGAUCCCAGAAUAUCUAGGGGGCAGCCUGCAUUCUCUGUGGCACUUGAAUCUGUCGUUCAACAAUUUGGAGGGUGCAGUACCACAAGAGGGGGUAUUUAGAAAUGUUACUGCUAUUUCUGCCGGGGGAAAUGCCAAGCUUUGUGGAGGUGUUCCAGAGCUGCGACUGCCUGAAUGCCCUGUUACGACUUCUAAGACAAAGCCGAGCAACCGGGUAACCAAAAUAGUAAUCCCAAUCGUUUGUACGCUAGCAGCUCUAGCUUUACUAUCAUGUAUGUGCUUCAUAUCCUAUGGUUUGAGAAGGCCCAGAAAGACUCCCCUACCAGCCCCUUCUUUGUUGGAGGAACCCUACAUGAAGAUCUCUUACAGAGAGCUACGUAAAGCCACUGAUGGAUUUUCCUCAAAAAAUUUGAUUGGUGAAGGAAGGUUCGGCCUUGUCUACAGAGGAACUCUGGACGCUAGCGGAUCCGUGGUCGCUAUAAAGGUCCUCAAACUCCGAAACCAUGGAGCUUCCGCCACCUUCAUGGCUGAGUGCGAAGCCCUCAGUCAUAUCAGGCAUCGCAACCUCAUCAAGAUCCUGACUUGUUGUUCAAGCGUGGACUCUGCCGGCAAUGAUUUCAAAGCUCUAGUUUACGAGUUUAUGCCCAACGGGAGUCUAGAGGAGUGGCUGCAUCCAGAUCCAGGGGAGCAGCAUCCUUCCAAAGUUCUCAACAUUCUUCAGAGGUUAGACAUAAGCAUUGAUGUAGCUUCCGCAUUGGACUAUCUCCAUCACCAAUGCCAGGCACCGGUAGCUCAUUGUGAUCUUAAGCCAAGCAACGUCCUUCUAGAUCAUGAGUUGACUGCCCAUGUGGGUGAUUUUGGGUUAGCCAAGGUACUGCUCGAGGACAGGAAUUCUAAAAUUCAAACCAGCUCCGUUGCGAUCAAAGGGUCCGUAGGAUACGUUCCUCCAGAGUACGGAAUGGGCGGUGAUGUCUCCACGAGAGGUGAUGUGUACAGCUAUGGGAUUCUUCUACUGGAGAUGUUUACAGGGAGGAGACCAACUGAUGAAGCAUUCAACGAUGGAUCAUGCCUCCACGAUCUUGCAAGAAUGGUAUAUCCUGAACGAACAAUGGAAAUUAUUGAUCCACGAUCAUUACUAAUAGGAGACGAAGAAAUGGUGUCUGAUGGGAGGCAACGUAGUAUCAUGAGCAGCAGAAUGGAGCAAUGCUUGGUUUCAGUAAUUGGCAUCGGCCUAUCCUGCUCUGUAGCACAACCAAACGCACGGUUGGAGAUGAGAGAUGUUGCCAUGAAAUUGCAUGCUAUCAGAGCCAGGCUUCUUAGAGGCGAUACCUGAGACAAAUAGCGGCGGACACAUCUUUGACGGCCACAGCAGAGAAAUGUGAAUGAAGGAGAUGACAGACAUGGUACAAGAGACAUGUUAUCUUGAGAGCAUUAUGUACAACAAAAUCCUCCUCCACGGAUUUCACUUUAUACGAUGAAUCACUAUAGCUUUGUCUCUUCAGAUUACAUAAAAGUAAACAGAGAAAAAUCUUUCACCAAGUGUUAUCAUCAACGCCAUAGCAAGUCUUGAGUCCGGUAGCAGUUUAUGGAUGGCCAGGAUUCAAUGCAUGGACAGCGUCAAGUCUCCCUGCAGCUUCUUCCAGGUGAAAUGAUAUCCAAGCUGAAAAUGCCAAAUAAAAGGAAUGUCUUUGAACCCCGCCCCGCCCACGGGUUCAGUUUGUCAUCAGAAAUGGCAAGCUGUGGGGUAUUCCAGAAUUUCGAGUACCCGCGUGCCCCUAGCACAAAACAAAGAAAACGGCAUCCUCCCCGUUCUUGGUCCUGAUAGAAAGGAAAUCUGGGUCCUGAUAAAACAAAACCUGCAAUUUAGUUUUUCAUAGAAGAGGAACCGCAAAAUGCAAAACCUCGGAUCGAUGGAACCUUGUCAAAAUCUUCCUCGGCCUAGGACCUCCGAAGCAAUGAAUUUAAAACCAUAGUUUUCAACUUCAUGCCAAGAGGAGAUCUUUAGGAUUUGCUCUUCCAAAAGUUGAUGGGAAGCAUGCCUUGAAAUUUGAACCUUGUUUGAAGAAUUACUACAGCAUGGGAUGUUUGCUUCUGCAACGGAUCAUCUUCACCAUCAUUGCCCAACACCAUUAUUCACUGUGAUAUGAAACCAUACAGUAUCCUGCUUUAACAUGAUAGAUGCGCUCAUUUGACAUAUUUGGACCGGCAAGGUUCCAGUCUGAGCCAUCCUCUAAUUUAUUCAGGAGGAUGCAAAUUCAAAGCAGUUUGGUGAUUUUGGACCGGCAACCAUCCAGUCCGAAACAUCCUAUAAUUCUAGCAAAGAUGAUGCAUUGCUACAGGUAUAAAAUCCAGAACUGUUAGUUUCCGUUUAAUUUUGGGACCCGGUAUUCUAAUGAAUCAUAUAAUAAGAUUUUUUUUACAAAAAUCAAAAAUAUUGUACCGACAUAUGUCUCAAUAUUUGAUAAUUAAUAGGAAAUCAUUAACUUAAACAAUUAGUUCAGUGACUGGCUUGAAAUAUCAAGACCAUUGGGGCACAGCCAGAGAAGAGAUAACUGAAUUGCUAAUUAACAAGGAAAUUUUUUAACAAAUAUCUAAAAAUCUUAAGAGGAAAACGGUCAAACCUAUACUGGAUAGGCUAAAAAAAUUCAUAGAGUUUAACAAAUACAAAAUCCAUAACUACAAUGGAAUCAACCAUUGAAACAACAAGCACAACAAGUUCCCAACAAAAUCCAUUAAUCUCAUAAAACAGAUGAGGAUUUGGUAUUCACCAAGUCAGUGAGCUCCUGUACAAAAUCCACAAUUUUUAUGAAAUCAACCAUCAAAACAAUAAUGAUAAGUGCCCAAAUUUCAUUAUAUGUUCAUAUCCAAGUCACUUACGUCCUUAGGUAAUCUUAUCCCCUAUUUAUCUUUUGAUGCUUCAUGUAUUUAGGAUAAGUUUCCAUUUCUUAUUCACUGAAUGCUCCAUCUUCUUCUGUGUUUAUGUGCAGAUUAGAGUACAGGAGGCAUCAUGUGAAUACAAGGAGUUGUUAACGGCUAUAAAAUCGUCUCACUGGAAAUGUUGGUAGGAAAGAGGCCAACAAAUGAAGAAUCAAAUGGUACUUUACAUCUCUACAUAUUUUCUAAAAAGCUUUGCCUGAGAAAGUGACAGAUUAUAGAUUGCAAUGACAUAUUAAUCAAGAAAUGCAAGGAUAGCAAGGAUGGAAACAUUACAAGAAGCAGAGAAGAGGUUGAUUAAAUUUGUUAAAUUAUGAUAGAUGUUGUCAUGAAAAUGCAUGCAAAAUGGGAUGUGCUUAUAAGGGUUGCAAAAAGUUGCUACACAUAAACCUUUGGCUCUUUGAAAUUUAAAUCUGUGAUGGGACCCAACUUACAGCAAGAUGAAGAAUGUUACAUGUUCCAAUUAAUUUUCACUGUAGCUGAUCUGUACAUUAGUGGCCAGUUUUGAUAAGUAUUGUAAUUUUAGAAAUUGGCUGUCGGCAGUUCAAAUGUUUCCUUUCUGCUCACUUGGAAAUGUACCACGGGAAAGGUUCAACAGCCAGCAGAAUAAUAUAACAUUCUUCCCACAUAUUAUUUAUCAUAAAGCAGAAACAAAGCAUUCAACAGAUUUACAAAAAUGUUCCACAAAGCACCCCUGAUCUUCAAUAGAGGCACCACCCAAGCUUCAACUUAGUUGGUUGCCAUUUUUAUCGAAUACUAUUACCUAAAAGAAUGAAAUUAUGUAAGAAGUGAAGCAAAUUGAAAGAGGGGAGGGAAAAGACUACUGCCUACUCACAACUCAUCUUCCAACAUGCUCAGUCUAACAGCAGAACCAUUUCAUACAAAGGCAACCGUAUAUAUCAAUCAGUUUACUUUUCAGUCCACUGGGAUGGAAAUUCUGCCUCCAUCCAUUUGUUCAUUCAAUCCCUUUUUUUGAAUUGAUGCAAAAUAAGGAAUAUGAUCAUCCUGCAAUAUCUCCUGGCCAUCAAUAUUGAUCGUCUCCUUUUACUGACUUUUGGUUCUACUAAAACUACAUCUCAUUCCUCUGCUUCAGUGCCGAAAGCUUUCUUCUGGAAUUCUAGCUAACAUUUAACCUAGACUUCAUAUCAUCACUAAACACUACUAACAUUGGUAUCUUCACUUGUAUGAAUAUCACAGCAAGCUCUCCAGGAUAGUUUAAAGAGAUGUAAGCUUAGUGAACAGUUUAAGCCCAUCAUGCCUGAAAAUUCACUUGUCACACCAUGGCUGCUUCUAAGUUUUGUCCCUCGUCCUUCAAUUGAUGUUGGGAGCUGUUUGGUGUGCUACAAGUUGGCCUGCCCUAUAAGUCCAGUCCACGGCAGGCCAUCCCAGUUGCUGGUGUCUUGUAGUUGGACUUGCAAAGCAGGACAACUUCCAGUGGCCCUACAAAUGAAACCCCUCCAUACCAAAGCUCCACUUGCAGCCAAAUUGGAUGCAAGACAAGCUGUAAGCUCAUCCAUGCAACAACCCCCUAUCUCCCCACCCAUCCUGACUCCUCUAUACCCCCUCCCCACCCCCUCGAUUUCUCAACACCUCCACCCAACUCCUCCACCGCACCCGUCCCCGCCCUCCUCUUCCUCCUCUCCACCAUUACCCCCUCCGCAGAUCUCCCAAGAUCCGUACUUCAUUGUAAUGUCUUUCCUCUGGCAUUUGGUCCUUGCAAUCUGAUUCGACCCCCUCCAAGAGUGUGCAAACCUGAUCCACCCUACUCGACGAGGCCGCCCUCAGCUGCUUCGAGUGCAAGGUCAAGGAUGGCAUCCACACCACUUGGCGACUCAUUGCAACAGGAAGAGAGGAGUUCUCGUUGUCAAUCCAUAGAGAGAGAGGACUCACUCUGCUGCAUCUCCUACCUCCGAUCCUCGAUAGCAUGGUGCCUCCCACUUGUGAGCUCAACCCACCAUCCAAACAACCUCAUUGGCAUGAUGCAGCUCGACCCACCUACAUCUCAAUCUGCAUGCAACUCAAGGCAAGGUUAAGUUGGCAUACAUAGCUCCAAACAAGCCCUUACUAUAGAUGAACAUGAUUAUAAGCCAAUGAUCAGGAUGCAGUACUAAAAGAAGAACAAGAAGAUCUCAUGGCUAUAUUGCAGGACAUUUGUUGAAAUGCCUUGGGAUAUCAUGUAGUAAUUUCAGCUAUGCUAGCUAUGAAAGGUCUUGAAAGAGCAUGGAUUUCUACUUAGAACGCCCAGAAUCAUUUCUCUGAGCUUUCAUAUACAUAGGAGGUUCAUGUGUAGUAUUUUUGUGAGAUGCAUAUUGGUUUUGCUACAACUUUGACGUCUCAUCAUAGCCAAAAAUUCAGCAGGAGCAUUGGACUAUCUCCCCUUAAGAAGAAACAGUAGAAUCUGAUUUUAUGUGCUCCUUAUAACCUUGAAACCAUGAGAUAUGAAGAUGAUAAGGAAAGGUUCUACUAUUGGAAAAGGAAUCAGGUGAGGGAGAUAGAGAGGAAAAAAACAUUGGUGAAGGUUGCUGGGAUCGGAUAGGCACUUUAUAUUUGAUUCCAAACAUAGAGGAUAUAGAGGGAACAACUACACAUAACUUCCAGUCAAUAAUAACUAAGCACUUUCUAUUUAGUAGAAACAAAUUCUGCAUAGAAUUUCUGUAAAAAAAAAAAAAAAAAUCACCAGAUGAAUGGUUCCCAGGAUAUAAGCUCAAUGAAUGCAAGAGCAUGUCAUGACUCUUGUGCAGUAAAAUGGACAUCCGAGAGGUGAUAAAAGCCCCAUAAGAAAGAUAGCCAUAAUCUGAUGUUAUUAAGACAAGUAAAAAAUAAGAUUCUGUAAACCAGUAACAAGGAUGUUCGACAACGUGCUUGGCAUUCGAACAGAAUAUGACAACUACAUGAUAUCCAAUUCAGUUUCUAAGAGCUCUCUGACCAAUCAAAUUAUAUACUGCAAGGAGAACAGAUCUGGAAACCAACAAAUAACAUCCAUAGACAGGAUAACUAGAAUUAUUUAAAUCAAAAAGAAAAAAAAGCUGCACAGAAGUUCAAUGAAAGAGUCAGAGGGGUUCGCACAUCUCAUCAACGAUCAUGCAAUAUAAGUACUUGCUAAUAAUAACAAGAAAAUCUGAAGAAUUGAACAUAGUAUAACAAAGGAACGGAUGUCGUACACAUAAAUCGUAGGAAUACAUAACAAGAAGAAGGCAAAGCAGGGAGAUGAAGCAUGUGAUAAUUUUUAAGGAUCGAGACACAACCAACAAGAAUAGAUCCUAUACAUCGAUUCCCAGCACUGCCAAAUUACAACAGCAGUCAGAGAUGUACAUAUAGACAGCGCGAUUAAUAAAAGCAGACAGUCCGUACAACACGAUCAAGAGAAGCACACCCAAGAAAGGAAGAAA